GAUGGCGACAGUCUCGCACUAGGACCCAGGCGCCAGAGCGCCUCCGUCUGUCCUGUAGGUUCAUUCAAUCUCCCAUACACACAGACCCACUGCGAGACCGACACACACUCCCAUACACUCACACACACAACUGCAGGCAGCGAGGCUCGGGAAGUCAGGCCGGCUCCUCGCCCCGGCGCCUUCUCUUCUCCAGCCCGCCGGGUCUCCCUGGGGGCCCGGAGCUCGGCCGGGCCGCGCAGCCCCGUUAGAGGACGAGCUCGGCGGACCCCCGUUGCUCCAUGGGCAAACGCGGGCGGCCGCGCAAGGAGGCGCGCUGCGAGGGCGCGGGGCUGGCCCCCUCCGCGCCCCCAGUUGUGCCCCCUGCCGCGGCCGCGCCCCAGCCCCCGGCCCUGCCCGAGGAGCCUGCGGGGGCCAAGCCCAGGUGCCCCUUCUCGGACAUUUUCAACACCAGCGAGAACUCGAUGGAGAAGCACAUUAACACUUUUCUGCAGAACGUGCAGAUUCUGCUCGAGGCCGCCAGCUACCUGGAGCAGAUCGAGAAAGAAAACAAAAAGUGUGAACAUGGCUACGCCUCUUCAUUCCCGUCCAUGCCAAGCCCCCGACUGCAGCAUUCAAAGCCCCCACGGAGGUUGAGCCGGGCACAGAAACACAGCAGCGGGAGCAGCAACACCAGCACUGCCAACAGACGAGCUCAUCUGCGCCUUUGUUUAGAACGCUUAAAAGUUCUGAUUCCACUAGGACCAGACUGCACCAGGCACACAACACUUGGUUUGCUCAACAAAGCCAAAGCACACAUUAAGAAACUUGAAGAAGCUGAAAGGAAGAGCCAGCACCAGCUUGAGAAUUUGGAACGAGAACAGAGAUUUUUAAAGUGGCGACUGGAACAGCUGCAGGGUCCUCAGGAGAUGGAACGAAUACGAAUGGACAGCAUUGGAUCAACUAUUUCUUCAGAUCGUUCUGAUUCAGAGCGAGAGGAGAUUGAAGUGGAUGUUGAAAGCACAGAGUUCUCCCAUGGAGAAGUGGACAAUAUAAGUACCACCAGCAUCAGUGACAUUGAUGACCACAGCAGCCUGCCGAGUAUUGGGAGUGAUGAGGGUUACUCCAGUGCCAGUGUCAAACUUUCAUUCACUUCAUAGAACCCAGCAUGACAUAACAGUGCAGGGCAAAAUAUUCACUGGGCCAAUUCAAUACAAACAAUCUCUUAAAUUGGGUUCAUGAUGCAGUCUCCUCUUUAAAACUAAACUAUACUUGAACAAAAGGGUCAGAGGACCUGUAUUUAAGCAAAUACUUAGCAAAAAGUGGGGCAGAGCCUCCCAAGGAGAACAAAUAUUCAGAAUAUUCAUAUUGGAAAAAUCACAAUUUUUAAUGGCAGCAGAAAACUUGUGUGAAAUUUUCUUGAUUUGAGUUGAUUGAAAAGAGGACAUUGGAGAUAACAUUGGAGAUGCCAUCCUCUUUCGCUUUUCUAGUUUGCUCAUACUACAUUGAGUAGACACAUUUAAGGAUGGGGUUAUGAACCCUUCCUGAGCUUUAUGGUCCUAAAAGCAAAAUAAAAAGUAUUCAAAUGAAAAGACAAGAAAAUCAGGUAUUAAUCUUGGAUAGCUAAUGAGCUAUUAAAACUCAGCCUGGGACAGUUUAUCAUGAAGCCUGUGGAUGAUCAAUCCUUUAUUUUAUUUUAUUUUUUUAAAAAAGCUCAUUUCAUGCUCUGCAAAAGGAGAGACUCCCAUGAAGCCUUUUGAAAGGGAUCAUCAUGCAGCUCAGCUUUCUGUUGGAUUCCAUGCUAAGCAAGCUAACCUUAUCCUGCAUUGUUAGCACUAGGGCACCCAACUGCCAGCUCUCCAUCCUGCUGCCCUUAGGCCACAUGGGAGCAGUUCAUGCAUGACAGCCUCUAUCCUACAAGGCCUAUGAGUAUGGAUUGGGGGGCCAGAAGGAAAAAGCUCCACGUGCCUCUGUGUCUGCGUGGGUCAGAAGAGUUGUGCACGCAGACUAGCAGGCCAAGGUCUGAGCCACAGCAGCAUUUUUAUUUCAGAUUUUGAUAACUGUUUAUAUGUGUUGAAAACCAAAAUGACAUCUUUUUAAAGCUUAUCCAUAAAAAAAAACAUAGAUGUCUUUUAUAGUGGAAAAACACAUGGGGAAAAAAAAUCAUCUAUUUUGAUGCAGCAUUUGAUAUAAAACACCUCACACCUCACUCUUUAUCGUGCACAAAAUGAAUGAGGUCUGGGCUAGGUAGAAAAAAGGUCAAUGCUAUUUUUGUUUUUAGAAUCAUUACCUUUUACCAGCUUUUAACCAUCUGAUAUCUAUUGUAGACACACUAUCAUAGUUAACAUAGUUAAGUUCAGCACUUGUUUCAUUUUAAUGUAAAGAUUUGCUUCCAUUUUCCUACAGGCAGUCUCUCUCUCCCUCACAGUCCCACUGUGCAGGUGCUAUUGGUACUCUUACGAAUAUUUUCAGUAAUAUUUUCUUCUAAGUGAAAUUUCUAGCCUGCACUUUGAUGUCAUGUGUCCCUUUGUCUUUCAAACUCGAAAGUUCCUCUGUGGCCCUCUCUCUUACCCCGGGAAGGCCUCUUGGAGACCUUACCCCUGGCUGUUUGGACUUUGUAUACUUUAAAUAAUUUAACUACCUUUAAUUACUUAAAAAAAAAAAGCUUUAUGAUUUUCAUAACUUAUUGCUGAUUUUAAUGGAUUGUUAAUUUCAGUCCUGUAGUUUUAUUUUAUGUUUAGAUAGGGCUGGGCAAGGAAAAAGAAAAUAAAGACAACCAUAUUUAGCAGUG